AUGGGCUUAUCGAAUCUUCCGACAGAAUUAGUACAAGCCAUUGCGGAGCUUUUGAGCAAAAAAGAUGUUUUGGUGUUCGCUCAGCUGAAUCGCCAAUUUUUCGAUAUCUUAAUUGACUACCUUUACGCUCGCAAUGCAAAGAAAUCCAAUGGCCCUCGCCAAUGGAGCCAAGCCCUCAGCAACGAACCGCAAGGGCGACACUUCUCUCCACCUAGCCACAAACGCAGGAAAUCUAAGCAUGGCUCGAUUCUACUAAAUGCCGGAGUGGAUGUCAAUCAGCAGAACAAAUAUUUGGAAACCCCGCUCAGUGCACCGGCCAGAGAUGGCAACGAAGAGCUGGUAAAACUACUUCUUGAUCAACUAGGGAUCGACCCUGAUGUGUUGGGCCGUUCCCGAAUUCGCCCCCCAAGGCUCUGGCGACAAACUCCAUUAUUAUAUGCUGCGAUAAAUGGUCAUGUUGACAUCUUGAGGCUUCUUCUUGCCACAAACCGGGUAAAUGUCGAGUCGAAGGAUGUGCGUGGCUGGACGCCGCUGGCAUACGCGGCAGCGCAUGGACAGGCUAAAGUGAUGAAAGUUUUAAUCAAGGUGCGAGCGAUCCGGUUCGGAUCUAGAGCACAAUGGGAUGAGACACCAUUGAUGCUAGCUGUGAUGAAUGGUCACGAGGCUGUGACCAGGAUUCUCAUCGAACAGGAAUCUGUCAAAGACGAUAUUAAAUGGAGCUACGGAUCUACAGCUCUUUGGUUUGCGGUUUUGCACGGUCACUUAAAUAUUGUCAAGCUGCUCUUGGACAAAGGGUGCAAUCCUCAUCUCACCUGCGACAUCGGCAAUACACCGCUGUGGCUAGCCAUCGACCGCGGGCAGGAAGAGAUUGUGAAAUGGAUGCAGCAGUCAAAGCACCAGCCACACGUUCCGCUCAAUCCCGCAGAACGGAGGAAACAAAUGAUAGCGAAUUUAAAUGCUCUAGAGAUAUUCAAAAUGGACAGUCGACGGCGUCCUGAGUGA